GACAACGCAACUUUCUCGAUUCUCUACCUUGGUCGGUUAAAAAUCUCCAUCGACUUCUACUUCCCAGGGAAUGAACGCACGAAGGAUUCAGUAUCACAGAGCUUAGGAAGGAGACAGUGUGAGAAAAGAUCUCGUCGGGAUUGUACACGAGAAGAGAAGAGUUUUCGAGCUGCGCACUCGACACACAUUUAAAGUAUUCGCCGAUCGCUGCAAGUCAUUUGACUGAGCUGGUUGGAGAAAGUUGCAGCUCUUUCCCAACCCUGUAAGAAUGAGGACGACUGCUUCAAGUGCUCCCGCGUUAAGGAGUCUAAGGACCUUGUAUGGAAACCAUUGUUACAAAGGACGCUCUCUCGCCACCGUGCAGGUGCGAGGCUACGCCAACGAGAGAGCGGAAGACAGCUCCUCUUCUAAUUGGGGAACCGGGGAGCCACCCAUCGAUGAGAAGCACACGCAAAGGGGAGUUUCUCGAGGUCAAACCUCCGGAAUGAACCAGAAUACUUCAACGGGAGGUACGCCGGCGGUCGGUCGGCACGACGAACCCACAUCCACAUCAAACUUCGACUCCGGCGCCAGUUCGUCUCCUGCCGCAGCCCCUGACUCCGAAAGUGGUGGAGAAACUAAGAAGUCGAGGACUGGCGGCGACAUGAACGAUGACGGACAGGUAGUUUGACGCUGAAGCUGAACGCGAAGAUGAACUCAUCUCUAGAACGCAUUCGUGAUGUUACCACGGAGACAUGGGAUCAGCGUCAGAACACGCUUCAAGCAUCGACUGGAGUGACUUCUCUCAGCUCGAUCUUUCGAACCGAUGAUGUCCAGCUCUUCGAGCCAGCUUGACGCUCAUUGUGUUCCCGCGCCGUAUUCAUAUGCAAACUGAACAUUAUGACGCCUUCUACAAUCAACUGUGACCGAGAAAUGACCGCAUUUUGGGGAAGGCAGCCAGCCAGCCAGCGACAGAUUUUAAACUCGAUCAGUUACAGAUAGUUCAGCUCGACGAGAUGCACUUUCACUUUGCUUGUCAUAGAAUAAUUCUUUUUAGUGAUAUACGAUCGAGAACUCCUUUUUCUAUUAGACGAGAAGAACUGCCGACUCGCUUAGCUCUACGAGGUGGCAGGAGCCGUCAAAGUUUGUCUCGAAUCGUGUAAUAGUUAAACAUGAUGAAAAUGCGAUAGUGAAAGUUGUCCGAAGAUCUGCACCGAUUGCUCUGUCUUCGAGAUGAUUUCUGUUGUGAGCAUGGAAGCUCUGACCGAGAAAAGUAUUGCAGCCUUUUGUUUACUGGGCUAUUGAGAAGUUUUCCGUGACGUUGUUGAAUGUAGAACAGCUGAUCUUGACAGCAAGUUUGUUACGCUUUCCUCGCAUGUUGAGAUGCACUGUGUAUAGUCUAGAUUCCUUCCAUCCUCCGCGGCUUGUAGUUGGAGUUUUGGC